AUGACCUCUUUGUUCCACUUGGAAAAAUCCACCUUUGCAUCAUCGCUCUUAGUGGCCUUAACAUCCACUUCUUCCUCCGAGUCCCAAUCUUCCGGCCCUUCCAACUCUGCUUGCGUCUCACCGAUUUUAUUUGAUGCGGAUAUCCGUUUUUGCUUCAGCUUUUUCGAUUCCUUUCUCAAGGAAGUUUCAUUCAAGCUUCGCGUAAUUUCAGCAAUCCCACGCUUUACCGAGACUCUAGUUGGGGGUUCCUUUUCGGCACGUCCAAAGGACCGAUCUCAAUAUGAAAAACGGCUUUACUCCUGGCUUUCCAUCCAAUGGGUACAAACCUCCCCCAUGACCACUUGGACCUCAAAAAGCUACCAUCCAUUGUAG